CUCCGUACAAGUAAUGGCAAUGGCGAAGCACCAGGCCGACCUCGUGAGGUGCUCGCGGCAGCCGGGCGCCGCCGUCGGCCGCGUCUGCGCGGCGCACGACGGCCGCUGCGUCGCCUGCGACUCCAUGGUGCGGCCCGCCGCGCCGGCCCGCGUCUGCGACGGCUGCAGCGGCGGCGGCGGCGGGCACGGCUCCCGCAGCGAGAGGUGCCUGGUGUGCGGCGCCGGCGCCGGAGAAGGAGGUGCGGCGGCGGUGGCGGAUGCGUACUACUGCAGGUCGUGCGUGCAGAUGGAGAAGGAUCGCGACGGCUGCCCCGCCGUCGUCAACGCCGGCACGGCCAGGAGGGACGCCGCCGCCUUCUUCUUCUCCGCGAGGAGCAAGCGUGGUGGCUUCAGAUCAACAAUGGCGUGAUCUUGCUCUGCCAUGGACGCACGUCUUCCCGACUCCACGAACUCAAACAGUUUACGGCUGGUGAUUUUCAUGUAACAAUUGAAUUAUAUUUCUGCAAUAUAGCAUAUCUCCAUUAAAUCGAUCGACGGUUUUACUGGGAGUAAUAUGUAUUGACCCAGAAAUUAUUGGGUCCUAUAGUAACAAUUAAUUGCAAGAGUGAGACACAUGAAUGGAAAUGAUCAGCAGAAUAGCUGCUGAGGAACUCGUGUAACAUCUCACAGAAUAUAAUAGAAAUCCCUAGUGAACGUGUAUUUUCAUCC